AUUGGGCGGCUUUUUUUGUUAUGAGAAGUUACCUGAGACAGCUUUUUUAGGGCCAUUGACCGCCGGGACGACCUUUUCCUACCUGGCUUCCUGGCCUUUCUUGCGACAUCCGGACCUCGUCUUGAUCACCCAUGAGUGGAAGAAUACCGCUGUCGACGGCCCUGCGGUCGUUGGCUCUCUCCGGAGAAGCCCAAAGCUGUUGCAGCCGUUCUUUACUGCGGCGGCCCUUCUCGUCGACGCCGCAAUACAGAACAGUCUCCAAGGAUACGCAGACACAGAGUAAAAACGACCGUGAUCUCGAGAACCGGCUGCUGGGAGGCCAGAGCAAGAACGCUGGCCCUUCACGACUCGCAACCCUGUCCCAGGCCACACGAUCGAAGGCAGCAGCCUCAUCUAGCUCCAAGACGACGGAGGAGGUCAUAUCCAGAGUGUCCAGCCUUAUCCAGAACCCACAACGAACAACCGAGCUUCCUCACCACCUACACAUAUACUCCCACAGACGAAACGUCCAUGCUACCCUGACAAAACCGAACAACGAAGUGCUAAUGUCCGUCAGCACGGGAAACAUCGGUUUCCGCAAGGGCCACCGUGGAGACUACGAUGCUGCGCACCAACUGGCCGUCUAUACCAUGGGCAAGAUACAGGAGCGAGGGUUUCUGAUGCAGAUCAACGGGCUGGAAGUGAUCCUCAGAGGCUUUGGGCCCGGUCGAGAAGCGUUCACGAAAGUCCUGCUAGGAAAGGAGGGCAAGGUCCUUCGCGAGAGAAUCGUCCGGGUGUCUGAUUCGACGAGGUUGAAGUUCGGCGGCACGCGAAGCCCAGCAGUAAGACGUCUCGGUUAGACGGUCUUUCAAUUGUCUCUUCUGACUUCUUUUGUUUUACUCUCUUGACUCCCUGACUGCCUUGACACUUGCUUUUGAUGAUGCCUCUGGCUGUCCCGGCUGUCCGAGUCAACGUUCUAUGUAUACUACCAUGUUCAAUACUGUUAUAGCUAGCAUCUUAUACAUGUCCUACCUGGCCUCUCCUUUUUCUAUUGCCAAUCUACCACUGUCCAUCUGUUACUGCAGCCUCUACAGCUGAUUUGUUAUUCACCAACUGUCCUGCUCCCAAUAUCCGAUGAAAGCUGGAUCACGUGAAUCUCUUAUCGCCAGGCUUCUUUAUAUCUUCACAAGCUCAAGAUAAGCAGCAGAAAGAAAAGAAGAGAAGCUCAACUCCAAACAACUACAGGCAGACAGACAAGCAGACAGACAGUUAGACAGCCAGGAGACAACAGACCAGCUGAAGGCGAUAGUGUCUACUCAAUAACACGCGGCCCGGACCUGUGAGGCUCAUCUCUCGCUGUUUAACGCCGCUACCUUUGCUCCCUAGCUUGCUCCCCAUCGACCUCCGGGCCUCAAACCCCCCCGGGCCAGGAUAU